ACGGCAGUAGCUGUCAAGAGCACGUUGUGGAGUGUUGUUGUUCUGCCGCACCGCUUCUCUCGUGGAUGGUGUGCAAAUUGUCGCGCUUUCAUCCAGUUGCAUUUUGGAUGUGCUGUUUCUUUGAAUUAGUAGCAUUAUAAUAUCAUCAAAUUGUGCCCAAGUUGUGCUCCACAAAAUGAAAGAUAAUACGCCACCGAGACCGUCCUUCGACGAAGAUGACGAACUGAUUUACGUUGGUGAUGCUGACGAGGUGUUGAACCAGUGGGCGGAAGAGUUGAACGAUGAAGAUGAUAACGAGGAUGAGCUGUUGGAAGAGGAUGAGGCCGCCGGAUUUGCUGAUGGCGAGGAUGACAUGGACGACGUAUACAUUCCGGAACGGGACGAUGCCCUGGUUACUUUUACCAAACACACCGGGCCGGUGUUUUGCGGUAUGCUGCAUCCUAGCGAAGAUUUGGCAGUGACCGGCGGAGAAGAUGACAAAGCCUACGUCUGGAACACCAAAACGGGGGAAACCGUGUAUGAAGUGACGGGACAUACCGAUUCUGUGAUCGCUUGUGAGUUCAGCUACGAUGGGCUGUACGUGGCCACCGGCGAUAUGGCCGGACAGAUUCAGGUCUUUAAAACCACACAGGAUUACAAAAAGGUGUGGGAUUUCACCGUGGGCGACAUGUGCUGGAUGAAAUGGCAUUUCGGAGCGCAUGUUCUGAUGGCCGGAUCUGACACCGGGGAGAUCUAUGUGUGGAGGAUACCUUCCGGUGACUGCAAGGUGAUGCAAGGUUUCGGAGAGAAGUGUGAAGUGGCUAGGCUUUCCCACGAUGGAAAGCGGAUUGCGGCUGGUUAUGGAAACGGUGCAUUUAAAAUAUGGGACAUCAAAACAAACGCUCCGAUAUUGGACAUUGCCCCGAAUGAAGCGACAAGCCACACCAGCAAUAUCACAUGCAUGUCGAUCGAUCGGGACAGUCAGUUGAUUUUGACUGGGAGCGAGGAAGGCAAGGCAGUUGUGAUGGGUCCGACUGGUCCCGUAGGAGUUUUGUUGCCAGAUGGUGGUCCAGUAGAAGCAGUGGUAAUUGAUAAUCCGGAUUUCGAACUGAAGGUGGCAGCCACCGGAACUUUAAACGGAAAGGUUACCGUUUGGGACGUGGCUCGGCAAACUGCUCGAGUUGAAUGCGAAGAUCCUCACAAGACUGGUGUUACAAAGCUACUGUGGGGCAAGGACUGCUCCCUGAUUGGAGGUACGCUGGGUGGAGUGAUCAAAGUUUGGGAUCUGCGAAGCGGUGCGCUGAAGUUUGAUCUGCUGGGCCACAGGAACGAUAUUCAGGAUAUUUCGUACGAUAAGCAGAAAAACAUUCUCCUCUCAACGUCCGAGGAUGCAACGGCUAAGAUAUUUGAGCUUCCUUGAGCGGUAAGGUCUGUGAGAUACACAGAACACUAUUUUGUAUAUUUUUCAGAACGUUGUGUUGAUUAUAGUAACCGUAAAGUAAACACAAA